UCUAACUUACUAAAUAACAAUUUAUGCCAAUAACGUAUACUGAGUUAUUUCCCUUGACAUAUUUAGUGAUUGAUUGAUGUAGCCAUGAUAAAGCUGUUGACCCUUGACGUGACAAAUACAGUGAUCCGUGUAUUGGGCGGAGUUGGACACCAGUAUGCUUCCGCAGCCUCUAUAUAUGGAAUUAAUGCUGACCCCGAAACACUAGACGUAUCGUUUAGAACUAAAUGGAAAGAACAAAAUCUAAAGUAUCCAAACUUCGGAGUUUCUAGUGGGAUUACAUCACAUGCGUGGUGGAACGAACUGGUGAAACAAACUUUCAUUUCCAGUGGAUAUAUAGAUACCGAGGCGCUGUCGAAGGUAGCAACACACCUGUACUUGCAUUUCAAAACUAAUAAAGGAUGGGAAGUGUUACCGAAUACUAAAAACGUUUUACAAGAUGUAAAAUCAAAAGGCAUUAAGUUAGGCGUUAUAUCUAAUUUUGAUGAACGACUGGAGGCUGUUUUAUCGAGUUUAGGACUUUUACAUUACUUUGAUUUUGUAAUAUGUUCUAGACUUGCAGGCCAUGCUAAACCUCAGUCACAAAUAUAUGAAAAAGCUUUAGAGCUUAGUGGUAUUUCUGCACCAGAUGCCUUACACAUUGGGGAUCAUAUAGAUAAUGAUUAUACGGGGCCACGCAAUAUUGGCAUGUCCAGCGUACUGCUGUGUAACAAUUUGGAGAAAAUUCCAGAUCACGUUGACAAAAAGUUUGUCAUCACAAAUCUUGUCGAUGUUUUAAAAUUUAUUAGAUAAUUGUUACUUGUGCUUUAUAUGUUUUAAGUUAUGACAGUCAUAUCUUUAAGGUUUGAAACUAUGAAGCCGUUAAAAAACUUGCUGAUGUGCGGACAAAAUAAAAUCUGUACUAUUCUAGUUGACCAAAUAAAUGGCUGAUGACUAUCA